CCAUAACCCCGCGAGAGGGCAGGGCACGUUCCUGGGCACCCGAAGCCCCGGCCUGGAGAGGCGGGGCACGCCUCCUAUCCUGCCCUGCCUUUCCCUUCCCUUUUCGCACCAAGGCGAAGCCUGCAGAGCUGGAGCGGAAUCAGUCCCUCCCCUGCUCCCCCGCUUCCCCGAUCCUCCACUGCAGGCUAUGCGCGCUCUGAUGCGUGUGCUUGUGUGCGCGUGCACGUGCGGUUUGGGGGCUGGUUGCGCGUGCAGGCGAGAUUUCCAAAAGCCACAGGGAAAAUGGUGGAAAAUUCACCGUCGCCAUUGCCAGAAAGAGCGAUUUAUGGCUUUGUUCUUUUCUUAAGCUCCCAAUUUGGCUUCAUGCUGUAUCUUGUGUGGGCUUUUAUUCCUGAAUCUUGGCUAAACUCUCUAGGCUUAACCUAUUGGCCUCAAAAAUACUGGGCAGUGGCGUUGCCUGUGUACCUGCUCAUCACGAUAGUCAUCGGUUACGUGCUCUUGUUUGGGAUCAACAUGAUGAGUACCUCUCCGCUCAACUCCAUUCAUACAAUCACAGACAACUAUGCUAAAAAUCAGCAGCAGAAGAAAUACCAAGAGGAGGCCAUCCCAGCACUAAGAGACAUUCCUAUUAGCGAAGUAAACCAAAUGUUCUUUCUCACAGCCAAAAAACCAUAAUAAUUUCGACUGUCUUUCUGCUUAAUAUCCCAUAUUGAAAUGUUAUAAAAAAUGUAACUUGAACCUCUCUUAGAUUAAAUUCUAUUAAUAU